AUGACACAACUGCAAUUAGGUAUUCCGGUACUGCUGGUUUUACUGUUAUCCGGAAGCAUUGCGUUUGCUAGAACCCGAAGAACAGAUGAUGUGGAAGAAAAUCAAUACACCAUCCAUCAGCACAACUACGAAGAACAACAAUCAGAAACAACCAGUGCCGAUCUACAUGCUCAGGAAUCGGGUAAGGUAGAAUUUAAAGUCCAUCCCGAUCCCAAUAGCAAUAUAGAACGGGGCAAGAGGGGCUCUCACAAACAUGGACUUACUGCCAUACUAAAGCCAGUCAACCGUCGCAAGAAACACAUCCUGCUGAAGGUCCAGCCAAGGCAUAAAAAGCCUAUUCGCAACUCCCAGCCAGCUCAACAAAAUAUCCAACAAGAUGAUGUCAAGGUCUUCCAUACAUAUGAAGAAACACAUGAGCAUAUCAUCGAAAAGGACGAAGAACCCCAAUCUGUGCCACAAGUUGAUAGCCAGACCCCGGAGGCUACCGAACAACUUGAAAUUCAGGCAGAACAACAGUUUUCCGAUCCAAUAACCCAAGAGACCCAACACUUCCAUUCCGAGGAGGAGAAACACGAGAAGCACAAGAAAAUUAAGGUUAAACAUCAUCACCACCACCAUCAUCACAAUCACAUCAAAGAGAUUAUCAAGAAAAUACCGGAACCGUAUCCAGUGGAAAAAAUUGUCCACGUACCCGUAGAAAAAUUAGUCGAGAAGGUGGUACAUGUUCCAAAACCGUAUCCUGUAGAGAAAAUAGUGAAAGUACCGGUGGAAAAGUUGGUUCAUGUUCCAAAACCGUACGCCGUGGAGAAAAUUGUAGAGAAAAAGGUACCAUACCCUGUGGAAAAAAUUUUCGAAAAAAUUGUUCACGUGCCGGUCGAAAAGAUUGUGGAAAAAAUAAUCCACAUACCAAAACCAUAUCCCGUGGAGAGGAUCGUAGAGAAAAUCGUUCAUGUGCCGGUAGAGAAGGUCGUGGAAAAGAAGGUUCCCUAUCCCGUCGAAAAGAUUGUGCACGUUCCUGUGGAAAAGGUGGUGGAGAAAAUUGUUCACGUUCCCAAACCCUAUCCCGUUGAGAAAAUCGUUAACAAGCUUGUAGCAGUGCCGAAGCCAUAUGCUGUUGUCAAACCCGUUCCUUAUCCAGUUGAAGUAAAAGUGCCUAUACAUGUGGAAAAACCAGUACCUUACGAAGUGGAAAAAUACGUGCCGGCUCCAUAUCGAGUAGAGGUCGAGAAAAAAGUGCCAGUUUACAUACACUCAAAGGAGCCCUAUAAAUUUGAGCGAUCCAAACUCACUGAUCACACGAAGAACAACGACGACGACUUCAUAGACCAUGAACACAAAGGCCUGGAACAGCAUAGCCAAGAAAUUGAAUCGUUUAACCAACAUUCGCAUGAUUUGUCCGUUUUCCCCUCCAACCAUAAGCCGAGAUUAAGUAAAUUGCAAGCGGAAGAGUCACAGGAAACACAACAACAAACAAGGCAGGCUCAGGCAAUUCGAUCAGAACUUCAACAACAACAUCAAUACCAACAACAGAAUCAGUACCAACAACAAAUUCAAAGUCAGCAACACCCUCAGGAGCCAACCACUCAAGAAAGUCAAAACAUCGAAGUCUCCAUACCGCCCAAGACAAAUCCCAAAUUCCGCAUAAACGUUGAAGACGUCCAACAGACGGCCAAUCAAUCGCCAGCCUCGGAUAUGCAAACAGAAGCUUCGACAAAUUCACUGCAAAUGGUGACUCGCAUUCAACAAAUCGCCUUACCAUUCCAUUUCCUCCAAUACCACCACGUGCCGUUUCAACAGCCCUUGGGCUUCUCAUUGACCCCAAACAAGAAAUGA